AUGCAACGCGUCCAGGAGCUCGAAGACGCCAACAAAACAAGCUCCCUGCUCUCCAAAGGCGGCCAUGUCGCAGCCAAGAAACUGAGAAACGGCAGAGGACUUCCGCUGAAGUACCAGAAACCCUGGCGUGUCACCCACGCGGCCAACAAAGAAACCAUGAGGCUGUUCGGUGCCUCUUUUCCGAUCCUCAUCCUCGACGAGACCCAGGAGGUAAAUAACCACAAGGCGGAGCUUCACUCAGCCGCGAUGACACUGCCUUAUGACGCUUUCCUGGGUAUCACAGGCACAUUCGUGCCCAGCAAGUGGAUGGAUAUCUAUGGACUUAUCAAGAUCCUGCCUGGAAACCCCUUCGACUCAUUCGAGGACUUUAUGAAGUGUUUUGCCCAGUCUCCAGACUUGACCGACCUUUCCAAGGAUGACGCUCUGGUGCUUUAUCUCGACUCUCACCAGGGUUAG